GCUGAAUAUUAUUUUACAGAGUUUCGUUUCUUUCAAGAUUUUGGAACAAACAUUUACUACGUUUUAAGUUAGUUUUAUUGUGUGUUUCUCUUCAAUUAAACCGACUUACGUGUUUGGGAUAUUGUGUGAAAAGUUAAAUUGAAAGUUAAAUAUCUACGCAGGCGGUUGGAAGAAAAUUGAAUGUGGACCAUUUAGUAGAGGGAGCAUUUAGCGCAGUGAAUUAAGAUUGAAAAGUGUGAUAGGGCUUUUUAAUAGCUCUAUAAUUUAGUCUAUGGACAACUAAGCGGACCUUUUAAGGUGAUCUGAAUGGAAUACUAAAAAUAUAUAGUGGCUAUUAAUUCGUGUCGUAGUGAAAGUUGAGUUAUUGAAGACACUGACCGAUUGAAGAAGAUAAAGCGAUAUAUUCAAACGGGGACAAAAGGAUAUUGUUCAAUUAUUUAUCGCCAUUGGUCGUUGAUAGACAUCUGACCUCUGUUCUUGUGAAACUUGUGUGAAUUUAAAACUGAAGUUAUUUUGACAAACCUGGAUGUGUUCAAAUAUUUAAGGUUUAAGACUCGGAGUGCUAAACAGUGUUACAAUACUCAAUGCACGUAAUGGGGACGUAAUGCGUUGACGUCAAUAUAUGUACAGCAGCAGAGCUGAGUAUGAGCGCCUUUGUUAUGUGAAAUCAUAGAGACGUCCUUUGGAAUGUAUUAAAUCAUUAUAUCGUUAAAUAUAUAUAUUAUUACCGACCCCUCAAACUUGAGAUAAUUUGAGGUUAACAAAAAGUGACGUCAACGUGACGUAAAUUCUGACGUGACGUGAUGGAGACGUACUUGAAACGGACGUACAAGCAGAGAGUGGCGAAGGCCAGACGUGCGCAGGAGGAGACGGAGAGCUACCCAUUUUGGGAUUACAGGUCGCGGCGAGGCAGCGUGUCAGCAUCCACUUCCGGUACAUCGUCGUCUGGUUCCUCCUCAUUUGACGGGUGCAGCCUGUCGUCCCUAUCCUCCAUCCGGUCAGCGGAGGCAACAGACGUUGGAAGCGCGGACUCGAGCUGCGCGAGCUCGGAGUCUGACGUCGUCAUGGUGACCAGCGAUCCCCGACGGCUUCAGCUCCACUUCCUGGUACACCAGCACGAGGUGUUGCCGCUGGCAGAGCUGUACCGCCCGGUGGUGGACUGGGUGGACGCUGACCUCCAUAUAUUCAAGGUCAGCUCCCCCACACACGACGAUGACAACGUUAACCAGUCAUUCAACCAGCCCCAGCGUGUCGCGCGCAUGCCCAGCAUUGCAGUCAUGCUCUUCCUGAGCGAGGAAGGACCACUAGGGUAUGAGCGGAUACAGUCCGCGAAACGACGGUUUGAAAAACCGCCCUGGAGGUUUCACCAUUCGGAACAAGUCGGUCAAGGAAAAAUAAACUUGUAUCCCUACAACAGUACGGACUACUUUUAUACGUCAGAGGAGCUUCCGCUCUGGGCGCUACGAAUGGUGCAUUGUGGGAAGGAGUUUCUAAGAAUAGUGCUAUUUACCAGUGAAGAAUCAUGGAACGAUAUGAUUGCGUUUUACAAGUUGAUAAUUGGUUUUGAACCGGACACAAGUAAAGACGAUUUCUGUUUGUUUACAGUGUACUCUCGUGGCCAUUAUGACGUGCAACUCGCGUUGAAGAAGCUUAAGGGGGACACCUCACCACGUCCACUUAAUUCCGUAAAACUACAAUUUAGAGUGCCAGAUGUUGGAAGUUUAGUCCCCCUGUUUCCCAAUGUGUGCAAACCGGUCUCGGAUAAUGUUUGGGAAACGAAGGACCACGACGGCAACGUCAUUACAAUUGACGUCACAGGCAAACCUCGGCCUACGUCAUCGACACCAACAGACAGUCGAAACGUGACGUCACAUUCGAGAUCGUCAUCACGUUCAUCACGAUCAUCCCGAACAUCAAACGGUUCCACAAAUUCGGAACACUCGGACAACAAAUCCGUGCAAUCAUUGACAUCAGUGACGUCAUCAUCUAUAUCGUCAUCGAUGACGUCAGUUUCUAGUGACAGAUCGACGUCAAGUUUUGCGAUUAGUGUGACGUCACGGGAUUCUGAGGACGUUCCCCCAAAGUUACCACCGAGGGUACCUCUGAGAAAGGCUCCUCCGCGACCACCGAAAUUACUUCCGAAACCGAAAGAGUGCUUAGCCUCGCUUCAGGGCUUUUAUGUCUAACAAAAUAUGUAUUGUAUACUUAAAAUUUUAUUUCACUAAAGAUCUGGCCCCUAUUUCACGAAACUUCUUAAGUCUAUUAUAACCGAAUAAAGCUAAGCUCACUAUUUUUGUUUUUCUAUAAUUUGUGUUAUUUAAGUUACUUUUUUUUAGGAUUUUUAGACUUUAAAUAGUAAAAAUCUUUAUGCUAUUCACAAUAAACCGUUUUUACUUAAUCAAAACCAAAUUUAAGGAUGUAUUACAUUAUUGAAAUAAGCUACUUAAACCUGUUAACUUUAAGAAGUUUCGAGAAAUUGGGGCCAGGUCAUGAAAUGUUUAUUUAUGUACGAAAUUACAUUCUGUUGUUUUCUGAAUGGUUCCAUUCGUAUUUUUUCAAUUGAAAUGUGUCAUAUAAACAUAAUACGUAAAUAUGGAUUUAUAUAAACACCACUAAACAUUUUUAUCUAAAAAUAUAUGUUGAACAUAAUUAUAUAUUUAUAAAUUGUUGAGAGAUAUUAUUUAUACUUGUUGUUUGUUACGUAUUGUAAAUAAGAUUUGAUACAUGUAAUGCAGUGACGUUUUGUAUGUAUAUGAGAUUAUAAUUAUACUAUCUGUAAUUAUAUAUGAUAUUUCUGUACUUUCGCCAAUACGAAUGCAGAAUUGGGAGAAAUUACUUGCUAGAAAAUGUGAAAAAACACAAUA